AUGUACUCUACAGAUCUUUGCUUGAUAAUUUGGCCUUAUUUGAAUCAGGAUUCUCAAGAGGAUUCUCAAGCAGAAUCUACUAGUAGUUUAACCAUCUUUAAAAAAAGAAGUUUUGAUAAUGGAAGUGAUCAGUCUAAUAUUUCCUUUUCCUCUGUAACUAAAAAAAAUCGUGCUAAAAGAAGUUUU